AUGAGCGUCGCCAAACAGCGUCUAUCCCCAUCGCACCUGCGUCGGAUAAACAUUUAUCAACACUCACUCAUGAUCUGGUUUAGGUUCAUUCUAUUCCUCCUCGCUAUCAAGGCCGUCGCUCGGUCCACAUCACUCCCAGCAGUUGAAUGCUCGCCCCUCCGGGUUCAGCCACCCUCUUUCUCGGAUGUUGAAGUCCUUUCGUAUAUGGUCUUCCCUGUCUACGACCAUGAAAUUGAUGCCAUCGAGGUCAAUCCGAUCAAGCACCGCCGAGUCAGUGUAACAUUCUGCAAUUUCAGCCUCACAUACACCCACCCAGGCUGGGAUGAUGUCAUCAAUAUGCAGGUCUGGCUGCCGCUCUCCGAUUGGAAUAAACGCCUGCAGGGCAUCGGCGGUGUCGGCUGGGCAGGUACCCGCGGUGACAGUGCCACGGCUCUAGCAGUCUCUGAGGGCUAUGUGGCAGUCAGCUCCGACUUGGGCCACGAUGCAACAAAACCGUCAGCACGAGACUGGGCGCUUGAUGAAACUUCGCGGCAUGUGAACCUGGCCCGGCUGCUGGAUUUCUCCUAUGUCGGUCUUCUCGACAUGUCUAGACUGGCAAAGGACGUUGCCCAACAACUGUACGGAGAAGUACCAAAGCACAGCUACUGGAACGGAUGCGGGGCAGGCGGCCGACAAGGCAUGAUGCUUGCGCAGAGAUUUCCAGAAGCUUUUGAUGGGAUUGUGGUUGGUUCUCCAACUCUCAGUUGGGCACACUUCAUGCCUACGGGCUACUGGCCCACCUUUGUCAUGAAAAUGCUAAACACUUAUCCAUCAUCCUGUGUGAUGGACGCUAUAGCUGCCGAGGCCGUUAAAGCCUGUGAUGAUCGCGAUGGUGUCGUCGAAGGAAUCAUCACGCAGCCAGAGCGUUGCGACUUCAAUCCUCUGUCCCUUGUGGGCAAGAAUGCCGACUGCGGCGAUGGGGUCAACGUUGAGAUUACGCUUGAUGUGGCCAUAUUGGUCGAGAAGAUCUGGCAGGGCAUGCGCUCCCAGGACGGUAAACCGUUGUGGUAUGGCUUCUCCCGAGGUUCGUUGUGGCACGCCACGAGGUGCUCUUCAAUGGGAGAGGUUCAUCACCACACCUGCACUCCAGCACCCAGUACCCUUGUUCUCGACUGGCUGGAACUGUUUGUUGCACAGAAUCCAGAUCUGGAGCUACCUCACCUAAAGCUGACGUAUCCGGAGUUCGAAGCCUUGUUUCACCUCUCCAUAGCCGCUUAUCAAUCUAUAAUAAGCGCCGACUCUCCUGACCUUGCGGAUUUCAAGAGUCGCGGAGGGAAAAUCAUCCAUUGGCAUGGACUGAACGAUGGAGAGGUCCCCCCUGGUGGGUCCGCGGCCUACUAUGUAACUGUAAAGAAUCGAGAUCCUUCGGUCAUGGACUUUUACCGGUAUUUCGAGGCCCCGGGGGUCGGCCACUGUGGCUCGGGGCCCGGUGCCGCCCCUAUAGGCGUGAUGGGCGCCCUGACGAUAUGGGUGGAAACUGGAAUCGCUCCGGACAUUCUGCCAGCGGUAUCAGAAGAUGGAAGUUUGACCAGAAUUCUGUGCCCAUUUCCAUCGGUAGUAACCUACUUAGAGGGGGACGCUGAAAAGCCUGAGGCUUUUGGUUGUCGGGAAUCACCAUUGUGGCGAUGAGAUUGGUUGGAUGGUAGUAGGAUAAAUGUUUGGCACGGCAUUUAUGGAACAGCAUACUAGAUAGUUGAAGAUGCAACGAAAGAGUACCUCUAUAGGGGUGAUGGAGAAAAACAUAGGAUAGAAGGUAAUCCUGUGGUUCAAGGCAACCAAUGCAAUUGCAGACUCGUGGAA